AUGUUUAUCAGAUACCAAGUGAAGCGCGAGAAGUCCCCUUUUCAGCAAGUUUGGGACGAAGUUUUCACUCCUGUCUGGUUCAAGCUACUCAAGGGACCGCAGGAUAUCUUCAUUCAGCGCACGGCGAAGAUUUUUUCUGCCAGAUACGAACGUUGGGAAUACAACGCUCUCGUCGCGCGUUACAGAGGAAUGGGAAUUAUGGCCGAUGACGCUAUGAACGACAAGGAUAUGAUUGUUGAACGAGCACUAGAUAUCAUUCCAGAAGAUAUCCGAAUCCAGAGGUACAGACGAAUGAUGAGAGGGGCCGUUCUGGCUGGCCGAAAGCUGCAUCUUCUACUAGAGCUGCAAAACUACGAUCCUAUGGUCCCCUACAUGGCGCCUUAUAUAGAGGAGGCCAAGUUCCAAAUGCAAGAAGAACAAGAAUUGCUGGCUUUCCAUCCUUGGGAUCGCCGACUGUACGUCUCGGGGUUGAUAGCGUCUCUCGGUAGGCUUUGGAACAGGGGAGUACUUAGAGAGUUGGAGCGUAAUAGUAAUCAGGAAGUGAUCACAUCGAAUCAGCCCUCACUUAUCACGUAUGGAUAUUCGGACAGUUAG